AUUCGGCAGCUUGUGGUGAAUCAGAUGUCUCUUUACUUGAAACGACUUCACUGCAUCCGGGCACCUUAUACUCCACCCUGUGAAGACAUAUACAAACGGUUCAAUGACAGUUUUUCGUACACUCUUACUCCAGAUCAGGCCACGGCAAUAAGGGACUGCUAUGAUGAUCUUUCCAAGCGUGAUACUCCUAUGGAUCGAAUCGUGGUUGGAGACGUUGGCUUCGGAAAGACAGAAGUUGCGAUGCGAGCAAUAUUUAGGGUAUUAUCGAGCGGGGGGCAGGUUUUUGUCCUUGCACCAACAACUGUGCUGGCCAAACAGCAUGCGGCAACGAUUAGUGCGAGGCUCGAAAUAUUUGAUAUGUCGGUUGAAUUACUGAAUAGAAACGUCAAGGAAAGCUCUCGACUGGCCGUCUUGCAACGUUGGAUGAUGGGGAAGACUGAUGUGGUCGUUGGAACGCAUCUUAUGCUUAACUUGCCUCCUGAAAAUUAUAAGAGACUAAACCUCCUGGUGAUUGACGAGGAACAACGGUUCGGUGUAAAACACAAAGAUCAGAUUUCCGCUUUGAAAGCAACCGUAGAUGUAUUGACACUGUCUGCAACUCCCAUUCCUCGAACCUUACACAUGGCAAUUACGGGAUUUCGUGAUGCAUCUCUUGUAACAACCCCUCCUCCAGAACGUCGACCAAUAAAUACUCAGCUACAGGUAUAUAAUGAAAAAACAGUGUGCGAUGCUAUACAAUUUGAACUUGACCGCGGAGGCCAAAUAUUUUAUGUUGUGCCUAAGAUUCAAAUGAUUGAUGGUGCACUGCAGCGUUUGCAAGGAUUGUUCCCAUGCCUACGAAUCAUGAAAGCUCACGGAAAGAUGAAGGGCGAUCAGCUCGACAUUGCCAUGGAUUACUUUGCGUGUGGCAAGGCUGAUGUGCUCCUCUGCACCACGAUUGUUGAAUCUGGACUUGAUAUACCAAAUGUCAAUACUAUCAUCAUAGAGGAAGUACAACAGUUUGGUCUAGCAAGCUUGUACCAACUUCGAGGGCGCGUUGGCCGCGCUUGUCGGCAGGCAUAUGCUUAUAUGUUCCACGCAGAUAUCGGGGACCUGCGUAGUGAAGCACAGGAACGCCUGCUUGCACUCGAAGAAUGCUGCGGCCUAGGAGAGGGUUUCAAGUUAGCAGAGCGUGACAUGGCUAUACGAGGAGUCGGCACUAUUUUUGGGGAAAAGCAGAGCGGUCAAGUUGACAACAUCGGUGCUGACUUAUACAUGGAAUUCUUGUACAAUCAAUUGGAGCAGAUAGAGAAGCUUAAACUG